AUGUCUUCCCCAGCCGCCUCCUCUCCCGGAAGAUUUUUCAACUCGUCACAGCCGCCGUCCUCCAUCGGCCAGGCCAGAGCGGCGCACAGCUCGAAUCUUUUCAGCGACUUCAGCGAAACCAAUCAGCACAUCGAGGUGGAUGACGAUUCCCAGCCGAUCGAAGCGGUCAGAAGACGCAUGGUUGCAGUCCCCCGCGUGGUGGAUGUGACCGGUGAAAAGGUCCGCGAGUACUUUGAGCAGUUUAUUGAGGAGUACGUGGAUGCUGAAACGGCCCACGACAACUACGACGGGCGGCUCUAUGUGGCACAGAUUCACGCGAUGAAGGAAUACGAAAUGCUGACAAUGUAUAUUGACUACCAACACUUGUUGCAGAAGGAGAACGGGUCGUUGGCGACCGCCAUCUCGGACCUGUACUACCGUUUCUCCCCCUUUUUGAUCCAGGGAUUGCGCAGCUGCAUCAGACGCCACGCGCCGGACAUUUUGCUUGUGGCGUCGGCGCUUGAAGGCCGGGACGGGAUGGAAAGCACCACCAGCGGGUCCACCACGUCGUCGCAGAUGGAGUCCUACGAAAGAGUCUUCCAAAUUGCCUUCUACAACCUCCCUACAGUCAACCGAAUCCGAGACAUCAGAGCAGACAAGAUCGGCUCGUUAAUGUCGAUUUCCGGAACAGUUACCAGAACGUCGGAGGUGCGGCCCGAGUUGUACAAGGCUACGUUCCAAUGCGACCUUUGCAAAACCACGAUCGAAGGCGUUGAGCAGGUGUUCAAGUUCACAGAGCCAACAUCGUGCACGACCCCUGAUUGCGGGAACCAGGCCUUUUGGACGUUGCAGAUUCCAAAGUCACAGUUUUUGGAUUGGCAGAGGGUGAGGAUCCAGGAGAACCCGAACGAGAUUCCCACCGGGUCGAUGCCGAGAACCUUGGAUGUGAUCUUGCGAGGCGAUGCGGUGGAGAGAGCCAAGCCAGGCGACCGCUGUAAGUUCACAGGGACGGAAAUUGUCAUCCCAGACGUCUCGCAGUUAGGUUUGCCCGGGGUAAAGCCCACAUCGAUGCGUGACGGGCGGUCUGGUUCGGACCUAAACUCCGGCGUUUCCGGGUUGAAAAGCUUGGGGGUACGUGACUUGACGUACCGCAUCGCGUUCUUCGCGUGCCACGUGUCCUCGAUGAUCAACAAGGGCAACACCAUGGAGGAAGACACGCAGACGUCUUUCAAGACAGACGACGAUAAGGUGGACCAGGAGCUCUUCCUCCAGUCAUUGACCGAACAGGAGCUAGCCGACUUGAAGGAAAUGGUUAAGGAUGACCAUGUGUACAACAAGUUGGUGAGCUCGAUUUCGCCGGCGAUUUUCGGGCACGAGGUGGUCAAAAAGGGUGUGUUGUUGCAAAUGCUCGGGGGGGUGCACAAAAAAACCAUUGACGGGAUCAACUUGAGAGGAGACAUCAACAUCUGUAUCGUUGGAGACCCGUCUUGCGCCAAGUCGCAGUUCUUGAAGUACGUCUGUGGGUUCUCGCCCAGAGCGGUCUACACGUCUGGGAAGGCUUCCACGGCGGCUGGUUUGACGGCCGCAGUUGUCAGAGACGAGGAAAGCGGAGAGUUCACCAUCGAAGCUGGGGCGUUGAUGUUGGCAGACAACGGGAUCUGUGCGAUCGAUGAGUUUGACAAGAUGGACAUCACCGACCAGGUGGCGAUUCACGAAGCAAUGGAGCAGCAGACAAUUUCCAUCGCCAAGGCUGGGAUCCACGCCACUUUGAAUGCGCGUACCUCCAUUUUGGCGGCCGCCAACCCGAUCCACGGUCGCUACAACCGCAAGGUUGGGUUGCGGAGCAACUUGACGAUGACAGCACCGAUCAUGUCGCGUUUCGACUUGUUUUUUGUCAUUUUGGACGACUGCAACGAGCGUAUUGAUACCCAAUUGGCCAACCACAUCGUCGACUUGCACAUGCGCCGCGAUGCCGCGAUCAACCCACCGUACUCCUCCGAGCAGUUGAGUCGCUACAUCAACUACGCCAAGACAUUCAAGCCCAAGAUGACGAAAGAGGCCAGAAACUUCUUGGUUGAACGGUAUAAGGAGUUGAGGGCGGACGACGCCCAGGGUAUUGGCAGAAGUUCCUACCGCAUCACCGUCAGACAGUUGGAGUCGAUGAUCCGGUUGAGUGAGGCCAUCGCCAGAGCCAACUGUGCUGAGGAGAUUAACACGCUUUUUGUCGCUGAGGCGUACGACUUAUUGAGACAGUCCAUUAUCAGAGUCGACAAGGACGACGUGGAGGUGGAUGACGAUGACGACCAAGAUGCGACUGAGAAUACAGAUGAGCCCGUGGCUCCGGCUUCUCAGUCGCAGCCUGCCAGGGAAUCAAAGAAGAGCACCAUUUCUUACGAUACCUACAUUUCUAUGAUGAACAUGCUUGUCAGAAGGGUGAGUGAGGACGAUAACGCCGGAGGCGAGGGACUCACUGCGGAUGAAAUUAUCGAAUGGUUCUUGACCCAGAAGGAGGCAGAGAUUGAGACCGAAGAGGAAUACAAUAAGGAAAGAAAAUUGACAUUAAAGGUGUUGAAGCGCUUGGUCAAGGACAGAAUCUUGAUGCAGGUGUCGAUUGAGGACGAUGAGCAGCCAGAUCCACCGUUUGUGGAGGGCAGAACGCACCAGCCCGCCAUGUCCGAGAGAGUUGCCGCCAAGGUGGUGUACAUUUUGCACCCGAACUGCGCCAUUCUCGACUUUUUCGACCAGACCUCGGGCCAGACCCAAGAAACUGCCCAGGAGUAA